AUGGAUGAGAAACAUCUACCAAGAAAUCCCACCAGGAUGCGGUGGGCUAUCUAUCGCAUCAAAAUCUGUCUCCUCUGGGUAGGAACAGCUGUUAUGGCAAUGGUAUUUGUAUCCGAUUUCUACGACCUCUUUAUCGGACGGUACCAGAGGCAAAAACCAACAACUUUCAAAUACCAUGGCGAGCAUAUAACAUGGACACCUUGUGGAGACCUCAAAGGCAGCCACAUCGAGUGCAGCAACAUCACCUCCUUCACGAUUCCGCUUGUUCGCCUGCGCAGCGAAAAGACUACCCAAAACCUCAUCAUGAACCCCGGUGGCCCAGGAGCAAGUGGCUUCGACUUCUUAUAUAGCGGAGGCGAAAAAAUCCGGACAAUAGUCGGCGAUAGAUUCCAUCUCCUCUCAUUCGAUCCUCGAGGCGUCAAUGGCUCAAACCCGUGGCAACAUGCUGCCCAGACGCCAAGACAGAAGCGACAUUAUCAGGCGUUUGAGCCUCCAAUCCGGUGA